UAUUACUCAGUCGACGACUGGUCAUUGCAGACUUCUAUUUAAGUUCUGCUGCUUGCUGGAACAACAAUGGCAAACCCAACGGAUGAUAUUGUCCAUCCUCAGUCACAAAGUGGUGAGCAAGCACACAGCCAAGAGACGGGUGAUGAUGGCCUCUCCAACAUAAUGGAGCAUAACUUUUCUGAGAGUUACAGUGGUAAUGCUCUGUCUGUGGAGGAGAAAGGUUGGUGUGUGAGGCCCAUUCCGAAGGAGAAGCCAGACACCUCUGAAUUCCCACAGAUGGCUGAAAAAAUGCCACUCCCUUCUGUGUUCGGGCCUGAGUCGCAGUCUGUACCUGCUGAGAUGGGGGUUGUACAACUGGGUGGUUUAGCUGUGGUAAAAGAAAACAACCUUAAACCACAGUCUCCACUAAAAGGCCAGUUAGACAACCGAAAGGAAGAAGAAGAAGCAGUUCAGGCUUUACCCGGAAGAAGAGCCAUUACAGGGGCAGAUCAUAAUGGGGUAGGAGGAGAGAGCUGCAUCAUGGAUCCCAAGAUGGACACCGGAAAAAACCCAGCAAAGCGUGCACCAAAGGUUCCUAAAGGAGGGAGAAAAAGAAACCGCUGUAAGAAGAGAGCUCCUGGAAACAAGUGGAAAUUGUCUCAUCUGGUAUUUCUACUGUCUCAACUGGUAUUUCUACUUGCACUUCCUGUCUGUGAGGGUUCCCUUGUACCUACUAAAUCUCCAGCAGACAGAAACACUACGUGUUUCACGUGCAACGACUAUGACAAAUGCCAAAACCUGGACACAAUAUUUGGCCCUGAUGACACACGGCUGUACGAGAAAAGCUCCAAUGUCUCAACUGAAGAGUGCUCCAAAAUUCCACCUACUCCUAAGGAUGCUUCCACUUGCAUUGUGUGCAAGGCCCAAUCCACUGUCCUCAUUGGCUGCCCAGGGAACUUCCCUACAAUCGACGCAGAAAUGAACGGCGAUCAACUAAACAUCACGAAGGAGUGCACCCAGCUGCAGCCUGCUGGACCGGAAAACAUUGGAGCGGCUUCUAAUAACAGUCUUCAAAACGGUCCUAGCCGUAAGCGUUUUGGACUGAUUCCUGCUGUGGUUGGAGCAAUGAUCGUCUUCUUGAUCUUUUGUUGCUGGAAGUGCAACAGGGCUAAAAACGGUCAACAACAGACGACGGUGCCUGAUCGUGAUCAUCUUGACGGCAUGCCCACCUAAUCCAGCAUGUUACAUUUUGCUUUGCUACAGCCUAGUCUACAAGUCAAGAUUAUAUUCUUGCUUGAGUCAUGCUGAAUAUUUACUGCUGUUUAGUUUCUUAAUAAAGUACUUGGUCAGUAACUAAAAAUGUUUCCAAAAAUUUUUGUGACUCGUCACAACUGAGAAGCUGGACCUAUUUGGACUUUGUUCUUGAUAAUGAUAAUAAAUGACCAAACUAACAGCUAGUUAUUUCUCUGUCAGCCAGUUAAUUAAGUAUUUUACUCAUCAGCUUCCUGCUUGACAGCUUCCUGCUUAAAUGUGCAUCUGUUACAAUGAUUAAAAAA